CUUAUUUCCCACUUUAAGGAGAUUAAAUGUAAUCCGCAGCGGAAUCCCAAUCUCCGGAGGCCGUGAACGCGCCGUGCGCACGCUGUCCAGGCUUUACGGUACUUGGCUCCGUCCCUCUGCGCACCGUGCCUGCUGGCUGCCGCCCCCUCCUGCUUCUGCAACACGGAGACGCGUGAGGAAGAUGGUCGGAGGAUAAAGUCUCCAACAUCUGACGAUCCGGAGUGACCCGCGUGCCGGCGCUUAACGCGCGCGCCGUAUGGACGGAUAGAAAAGCGGAGAGAGUCAUUUCACAACCCUGCCUUCUCGUGCGCGCAGGGCGCGUGCAGCCCGGGAUGUAUUUUUCCACUCUGUUGAGUGAUUCGGCGCGCGCGCUCGUACUCUGAACCCACAGGGCGCAUCAGCUGUUCCCGAGCGGCGCUCACUCAUCUGCAGGGGAGUUUGCGCGCCAACGAGGGCUGUCUGAGCGGCUCCUGUCGUCUGUCUGCGUGCGAGCGUGCGUGAGAGCGUGUGGGGGGUGGAUCUCCUCCUCUGCGCUACCACCUCUCACCCCCCUCUCCUCCGCCACAACAAAAACCCCGGGACGAAAGGAGGAGAUCUGGACGCACGCGCCGGGAAAAUGACGAUGUCUGUCCCAGAGAGGAAAUCGGGAUCGGAGGGGAAGGAGGAGGAGAGCGAGGACGAGAGCGAGAUCCUGGAGGAGAGCCCGUGCGGCCGCUGGCAGAAGCGCAAAGAGCAGGUCAGCCAAGGAAAUGUACCCGGCGUGGAGAGCGCGUCUCUGGCCAUGGACACGGAAGAGGGCGUGGAGGUGGUGUGGAACGAGGUUCUCUUCUCCGACAAGAAGGUCUUUAAAGCCCAGGAGGAGAAAAUCAAGGAGAUGUUUGAGAACUUGAUGCAGGUGGAACAUCCCAACAUCGUCAAGUUCCACAAGUACUGGCUGGACAUGAAGGAGAGCCAAGCUCGGGUCAUAUUUAUUACUGAAUACAUGUCAUCAGGCAGCUUGAAGCAGUUCUUGAAAAAGACCAAGAAGAACCACAAGACCAUGAACGUGAAGGCCUGGAAGCGAUGGUGCACCCAGAUCCUGUCUGCACUCAGCUAUUUGCACUCUUGUGACCCACCAAUAAUCCAUGGCAACCUGACGUGUGACACCAUCUUCAUCCAGCACAACGGCCUCAUCAAGAUUGGCUCAGUGUGGCAUAGACUUUUUGUUAACGUGUUUCCGGACACCAGCGUCCACACCAAAGGAAGGCAGCAUCGCGACGAGCAGAGAAAUCUACAUUUUUUUGCUCCAGAAUAUGGAACGAGUGAAGACGAUUACUCCAUAGACAUUUUCUCCUUUGGAAUCUGUGCUCUAGAGAUGGCCGUUCUGGAGAUCCAGGCCAACGGAGAUGCUGCUGUGUCCAAGGAGGCCAUCGUGAAUGCAGGUCAAUCUCUGGAAGACCCUCUCAUGAGAGAGUUCACGCAGUCUUGUUUACGUCAGGAUCCCAAGCACCGUCCGACCGCUCACGACCUUCUGUUCCACCGGGUCUUGUUCGAAGUCCACUCCCUCAAGCUGCUCGCCGCCCACUGCCUCAUCAACAACCAGUACUUGCUCCCAGAAAACUGCGUGGAGGAGAAAACAAAGUCGUUUGACCCCAACGCCGUCAUGGCGGAGAUUAAACACGUCGACCGGCCGGGAGUUCAGCUCAAGUAUUCCCACGUCUCCCCGUUGGAACUGGACAAGUUCCUGGAGGACGUCAAGAACGGCAUUUACCCGCUGAUGAACUUCGCUUGUGCUCGGCCUCACCCUGUCCCGCGAGCGCUCUCCCUGUCCCAGGAGCAGGUGGAGACGGUGAAGACGCCCACGCCGGAACCCCAGGAGACCGAGACCAGGAAGGUUGUUCAGAUGCACUGUAACCUGGAGUCCAAUGAAGAAGGGACCAAAACUCAUGUGAGUCACACAGUACUGCAGCUCUCUUUAUUUCUGAAGAUGGACGAUAAACUUCAUAGACAGCUUAGUUGUGACAUUCUUCCAACUGAUACCCCCAAAGACCUUGCCUGUGAACUUGUUCACUACGCCUUCAUAAACGAGGACGACGUUGAGAAGGUGGCGGGGUUCCUGGAGGACGCCAUCAGCCGACACCAAGCCCGAGCGCUCGCCACCGGGAGCACGCAGUGAGGAGCGGUUGACAGCAGCGGCUCGCCGAGCCAGGAGGGUCCGGGGGACGUUGACCACAAGGACGAGGUCGCAGCCAAGAAGCGUUUGGAGCAGAGGACCCGGCUGGGGAGUGAAAUUGGACAAACAGAUUCUGAGCGUUGAGAGUCAGUGAAUUAUCCCGGAAAGACGACCUCGCCCAUCGUUGGAGACACGAGUCCAGCAGCCCCGCACGGCAGUGGAACCACAUUGCUGCCUAAAAGGGCUACCAUGCCUUAAUCUAUCUUUACAGCUUAGAUUUUAAUUAAUAAUUACUUAACGCCACUAAUGAAAACUGAUGUUUUCCUUACAAAUUCAGCUAUUUUUUUUUUCAGAAAUCAUUUGUAUUCCAGUUUCAUUUGCACUCCAACACCUCCUAUUGUUUACAUUCAACUGUAAACCUAAUUUUCCUGUAAGCCUUCACCGCCAUUUUAGGGAUUUGAUAUUCCGUCCUUCAUGCACUGGUAACUCAUUCCGUUGACUUAUUUUUUUUUUUUUAUAUGUAACUGUGAACAAUAGAAGAAUCGCACAAGCUUGGUUCUCCUUUUUUCUUUCUCUCCCUCUGGGUUUUUGACCUGCAGAACGACUCGUCAUCUCUACCACACUCCCGGGUAAAAGGAAAUGCAUCUGUGAGCAAAAGAGACGAUGCCUCGCUUGCAUCCUGCAGUGCUCUUUAGGGGUUUGCGUUCUGAAAGCCAAAGUGCCUGAUAUGGCCGUGCAUUUUGGAUAAAAUAUCUCAACAAAAAAAGACCCCAACUUUCCCAUUAAAACUACUUAUUUCCUUGUUUUUUGAAGUUAAAGCUGCAACAAUAACAAUUUUCUGCUGCAAUCAAUAGUAAAAGCAACAUAUAAAUAAUAAAUAUAAUAGCUAUAUUUAUUUUAAUUAAAGAGUAAAUAUUGAGGGAGAUGUUUGAAAGGCUUAAUUCACCCCAAAUAUUUACAUUUUCUGUCAUUUCUGACAAGAAUGUAUCAGUUGAAAUAAGAAUCAUGACUAUCUCAGCCAACAUUUUGAAAAUCUACAAAUAGAUUUGCCUUAAAAGCAGUCAAAGUAACACAAUUAUCCACACUUCUUGCUUCUUCUUUUGUUUUCUGGAUCUUUAAGGUUGCAGCUUCAUAGCAAUGAUGCUGCUGUACAGUCAUUGCUUACAGUAUUUGCUAUAUUAAGCUUAUUUACCGGUGUCUUCAAAAGCGACUGCUCUGAACUCUCCCAUGCAUUGGGGGACUGCGGUGUACAUAUUUGUGGCUAUCAGAUGGAUUUUUAUGUCGGACAAACCUAUAAUGCAACGCAGUGCCACUGUUGCUCUCAUUUGAUCUUGUAAGCUGCAUGUCUUAAUAACUUGCAACCAUCCAAACUCUGCAUUUUGCCUUCGUCAGUAACAGUUCCGGACGGGACCCGACCAGAAACAUGAAUGUUUGGACUGUGCACACAUGAAACGAUUGCAUAUCAGUCUUAUUUUAUUACUUUUUUCCCGUGUUGAAUUUUAAACCUGCCUUUUGAUGUCUUCUUCUUAAACCUUUGUUAACUAUUGUAGCAUCUGCAAAUGAAUAAAUCGAAUGUGUGACAUGCUGGUUAUGGCUGGAAAGUGUUUGCAUUGGCAUAGAAAGCAUGAUGUACAUUUCUCUGAAAGCUGCCAUUUAACUGUGUUUGAGAAGUGAAUAAAAAUAACUGUCUAAAACUAAA